UCGUCCAGUCCUGAUUGGGGACUUGCACGGAUUCACAAACGUACGUUGGGUGAGUUGGAUUCAUACGAGUUUGAUGAAACUGCUGGAUCGGGCAUCGAUGUAUUUGUCCUUGACUCGGGCGUUAAUGUUGGACACACGGAUUUUGAAGGCCGUGCUCGAGCGGCAGCCAAUUUUGUGGAUCGAGAAGACGAUAUUGAUCUUGGUGGUCAUGGUACACACGUUGCUGGUAAAAUUGCAGGCAAAAUGUAUGGCGUUGCCAAAUCAGCCAAUAUCCAUUCCGUCAAGAUCCUUAAUAAAUCAGGCGACGGCACUAUGAGCAACUUGAUCAAAGGGAUUUCACAUGUGAUCCAAGUAGCCACACCAGGCAAAGCGCUCAUCAACUUGUCAUUGAGCGGUCCUAAAUCACGAUUGAUUGAUGAAGCCGUAUCCAAACUUGUCAAUGAUUACAACAUCCCCGUCUUCGUUUCUGCAGGCAAUUCCGGCACAGACGCAUGCUAUUUUUCACCGUCAUCCAAUGCGGAUGCCUUUGCAGUAGGUGCAACUGACGUCAAUGACAAGGUCCCAUACUAUUCCGACACGGGUCGAUGUGUCAAGGUAUAUGCUCCUGGCUCUAAUAUCAGGAGCACAUGGAUUGGUGGCUCAGACGAGACCAAGGUCUUGGAUGGAACCAGCAUGGCCAACCCACACGUCGUGGGCAUUGCUGCAUCGCUCAUGUCCAAGCAACCCUCUCUCUCGCCCAAAGAGCUGUAUGAGGCCAUUGUCACAAAGGCCACUAGUAACAUGUUGACCUUUACCACCACAAGCGAUGCCGAUUUGAAUAGUAAUCUGAUAGCCUAUAACGGUAUCCAUUAA